CACCAGGCUUGGGAAAUGAUGAUUCAGGCUAUUGUCGUUUCCCAGUUACAUUAGUAUAUAAAUGGCUUUCAUUGCAAGAAAGUUUGCUUGGUCUUUAAUUAUUGAGGAUCACCAAAAAGUUUUGGGCUGUCAAAAUUUUCCUAGUGUAACACAGAAGCCCAGCCUUUUUAAAGCCCAACGAUUGCCUUGUUAUUUGGAAAACGGUUAGUCUUCCCGCGAAAUGCCCCGAUCAUGAAGAAUACCAAACCUUGCCGCCUACAUCUCUCUCCAUUCCUCCAAACAAUCCCUUUCCUUUGUAUUCUCCUUCGCCUCGCCAAUCACUUCCAAGAAAAGCAUCCUUCUCUCUUCUAUAUCAUCGCCACGGUCAGCAUGUCUCUUCUCAUAAGCACUUUCCUUCAACAACUCUCUUGUUUGUUCAAUUCUCAUUCUCUCUUAUUUCACUUCCCAAAAUGGCUUCUCAACAAGAAACUGACACCAUGGCCAACAACGCCACUGAAACCGUCACCGGAAAUUCCCCCGCCAUGGUGAGUCUAGCAGCGAAGUACUCGAACCGGGUAUUGGUAAAAAGCAUUGUUGAACGUGAUGACGGUGGGGUGGGAUUAAUUGGUGAAAGAUUAGUAAUUGGCGGGUGGGUUAAGUCUUCCAAAGAAGUUCAAAAAGAGCUGGUGACACCAGCACCAGCACCGAAAACUGAUGAUCAUGGUGCUGCUGAAAUGGAUUUAAGCCCUCCACGUGGAGAAAAAGACGUGACCUGUGUGGAGAUUCUUCAAUCAAGAAUACCGUUUUUUAGGACAAUUAUCAGGGUGUUGAGUGGCGGUGCUGGUUGUGGUAGUACCAACACUAUCCGUGAGAAGUUGGAAGCUGUGCUUCCUAAGCCACCACCGCCUUCCACUCUUUUCUUGCAAAUUAGUGAUGGGUCUUCUGUAGCUCCUUUCCUGGUGGUGGUGGAGUCUGCUUUAGCUUCGCCUGCCAGGCUUUUGCCCACUGGAACUUGCAUAUUAGCAGAAGGUGUGUUGAAUCAUUCAUCAAAUCAGGGAAAACAUGUUGUUGAACUCAAAGUAGAAAAAAUUCUUCAUAUUGGGACGGUUGAUCGUGAUAAGUAUAUCUUAUCAAGGAAGCGUCUACCACUCGAUCAACUAAGGGAUUCUACCCAUUUUCGGCCUCGUACAACUACGGUGUCAUCUGUUAUACGAAUCCGUAGUUCCCUGACUUUUGCAACUCACACAUUCUUCCAAAACAAUGGGUUUUUUUAUGUUCAAGUGCCCAUUAUCACAGUCACUGAUGCUGAAGGAUUUAGUGAGAAGUUCCAGGUUACAACUCUUCUAGAAAAAGCAGAUAAAGAGGAGCCAAAUGCCACUAAGGAAGUUGAAGGUGUUACCCUUGACAAUAUAAAGGCUGCUAUAAAGGAAAAAAGCAAUCAAGUUGAAGAACUCAAGAGAAGUGAAAGCAAUAAGGAAGCACUCACUGCAGCACUUCAGGAUCUAAGGAAGACAAAUGAACUAGCUUCACAACUAGAGCCAAAAGAAAAAACGAAACCGGUGCCUUCAAUUAAGAUUGAUAAAAUCAACAUUUCUGAAGACUUCUUCUCUCGCCAGACGUAUCUCACUGUCUCGGGUCAUCUUCAUCUGGAGAGUUAUGCAUGUGCCCUCGGAAAUGUUUACUCAUUUGGACCCAGAUUUCGAGCAGAGAAGAAGGAAUCAGCAAAACAAGUGGCAGAGAUGUGGACGGCUGAGGCUGAAAUUGCUUUUUCCCAAUUAGAGGAUGCCAUGAAAUGUGCGGAUGACUAUUUCAAGUUCCUCUGCACUUGGAUUGUUGAAAAAUGCGGAAGAGAUAUGGAAUUUAUCUCCGGUCGGAUUGACAGAACCAGUAUUGAACGGCUGCAAUCAAUGAUGUCAUGCUCCAUUGAAAAGAUUACCUACACAGAUGCAGUGAGAGCUCUGGAAAAGGUUACCGAAAAGAUUUUCGAAGCAAAACUUGAGUGGGGUGUGGCUCUCACAGCAGAGCAUCUAAGUCAUUUGGCUGAUGAGAUCUAUAAGAGUCCUGUAAUCAUAUAUAAUUAUCCCAAAGCGGUUAAACCAUUUUAUGUACGCCUUAAUGAUGAUGGAAAAACAGUUGCAGCAUUUGAUAUGGUUGUACCAAAGGUUGGAAAGUUGAUUACCGGCAGCCAAAAUGAGGAACGUAUUAAUAAGCUGAAUGCAAGGAUCGAGGAAUUGGGCUUGCCAAAAGAGCAGUAUGAAUGGUAUUUAGAUCUGCGCAGGCAUGGAACAGUCAAGCACUCUGGAUUUAGUCUGGGAUUUGACCUAAUGGUUCUGUUCAUUACUGGCCUCACUGAUGUGAAAGAUGCAAUCCCUUUUCCCAGAAGUCUGGGGAAAGCCAACAAUUAGUCUGAUUUCCAUUCAAAGUAUACUUCAAAGGCUAAGAUAUUCGAUCUUGAUCUGCUUGUGUUAUUGAAAGAAAUUGUUAUGUAAACAGACACAUUGAGGUCAAGCAGAAAAAACAUAUUGUAAAUAUAGUUAAUAGCGAAUACAGAUUGAAAUGAAAUUUAUUUAAGUUCAUGCC